CAGCUAUAUCACCUAUGCACAUGCAUUUGCCUAGUUCUCUUUCAAAGCUGCGUAACAGUACAGUUCUAUGAAGAGUUAGCCCACUGAUUUCAAUGGGCUUAGACUGGAGUAAUUCUGCAUCACAUUGCACUGUAAACCAGCGUUUCUUGUCAUCUCUUGUAGCAGCAGGAUGUUUUAUUAAAAAAAUAGUUCUUUCUUGCUCUUCAGAAAGCUUCAGGAGUUCAUUCAGUACAAAAAAGAGGAGGGAGGAGAGAGAAAAGGAUGUGCCAGGAUGUGAUGCACCCAGUUGUGAUACAAAAAGACAUAAUGGAAGUCUGGGGUUUGCAUGGAGUGUUAUGGAUUCUCUUGAGUGGAUGUAUUCUGUCUGCAAUUUGUGCAGAAUUUCUCUCUGUUGAUUGAACAGACAAAGGUCCAGAGAAUUAAUGACUGCAAGAGUUACAUCCUUUUUCCAAGGCUCCUGUGGUGCUCAUGCGGCACAUCUGAGAAACCAUGAGAUUCUUAUCCCUUGCUGCUGUUAUUUGGUGUAUCCUAGUACCGCCAUCUGAAGCUGCUAAGAGUUUUGAGGACAUCCGUUGCAAGUGCAUCUGCCCCCCAUACAGGAACAUCAGUGGACACAUUUAUAAGAAGAAUGUGUCUCAGAAAGACUGUAACUGCUUGCAUGUGGUGGAACCGAUGCCUGUGCCAGGAAAUGAUGUUGAAGCAUACUGCCUGCUAUGUGAGUGCAAGUAUGAAGAACGGAGCACCACCACCAUCAAGUUCAUAAUCAUUAUUUACCUCUCGGUGAUUGGAGCCCUACUUCUUUACAUGGCCUUUCUGAUGCUGGUUGACCCCUUGAUCCGUAAACCCGACGCCUACACUCACCCAUUGCACAACGAAGAAGAGAGCGAGGAUGCCCAUUCAUUGGCAGCGGUGCGUCCUGCUACCAGCACUAGAGCAAAUACAGUGCUGGAGAGAGUGGAAGGAGCUCAGCAACGGUGGAAGCGUCAGGUGCAGGAGCAGAGGAAGACUGUCUUUGAUCGGCACAAGAUGCUCAGUUAGAGCUCACAGAGAGUUCCCACUCCAGGAGUGAACAGCAUCUGUGGAUUAGCUAGGCAGAUGAAAAUGUCCUAUUAGUCAGGGCAAAAGAAGCUUGUAGCUUGAAUUUGUUGCACCUUCCCUUCCUGAUUUGUUUGUUGUUGUUUUUUUUUCAAAAAGUGAGGUUGAAGCAAGAGCCAUGGGCUGCACAUCCCAAAAUUAUUUAUUUAGCAUGUCACUCACUGGGGUGGAUCUCUGGAAAACUGUACCUCACUUAACACCCCCCCCCCCCACACACACACACACACACACAAGAUUACCUCCAUUCUUUCUCCCUUUUUUAAAUAGCCUACAGGUCUUAAUUGGGAUUAUAACAGACUUUGGGGUGAGAUAAGACUAAAACACACACACACACGCACACAUAACCCAGUGCUCAAAGUAAAAGCUUCCUUUUGUAGAACACAUAAUAUGUAUAACUGAAACAUAUGAACUUGAAAGAAAUGCCAAGGAUUUAAUCCUGGGAGGCUUGCAACUUGUUGAACAAUGCUGGUUUCAAAGAAUCAGCUUUUGUUCUGCUAAAGUUCUCCUAUUCUGCUACACUGUUUCUUCCUGAUCAAGCUAAGGAGAUUUAGUUAAAAAUCCUUAACCCCUGCACUUGAAACUGUGGAUUUCUCACCCUCUUCCCAGACCUUAGAAUUCUAAGGGCCCUUUCCUGGGGUAAGCCCCACUAAAUACUAUGGAACUUACUUCCAAGCAAGCCUUCUUAGGAUUGAUCCCCAAGUCCCUUAGAACUCUGAUCCUGUUGGCUGUGAGCAAAUUAGGAUAAGGCUGCUACCACAAGUCCAUAUGGUAAAAACAUUCCAUUCAUAGACCAAGUAGUGAGUGCUGCUACCUGGCUUUUUUGUGAUCAGUGGAAGUGGGGAAGUACUUCUCCUACUUGCACUGAAUCUGCCUGAGUUUUGAAACUGUAAUUAGUAGCAGUAUAUACUGGAUCCUCCAGUCUGCAGGACACCCAUGAGAAAUGUGAAAUUGGGGGUCUUCCCCCAACCCUGUCAGAGAAGUAGAUUCAUUACUAAUGUAAUUGGGAUGGGCUCAUUCUUUUUCACUCAGUUAUCUUUGAUCUAAUACAUGAUUAUGUAGUGUCUUAAUGUAGAGAAGACUGAUCUGGGACUCUGCCUCUAAUAAUUUUUAUUCAGUUUCACCAAGGGGACAACUGCAAGCCUAGGCUAAUGUUGUACCUUCAGGGGGCUAAUGUUGUACCACACCAGCAUCUUUCUCAAGGAAAUAAAUUAGAACAUUAGAACAUCUUUCUCAAGGAAAUAAAUAACAACAAUUCCCCUGAAAUCAGGAACACCAUCAUAUAUUAUAGAGAACAAAUUAAAAGUUUGCAGCACAUUAGAGAAGAAAGCAAGUAGACUGAAAGCAUAAAAGUGUUCGGGUUUCAUCCCACUACUGCUCUUAACCAUUCAUGAGUUCAGUUUGUUUAUAGGGCUGGCAUUUGUGAGACACAGGCCAUCUGUAGAAAAGCUGAAGCUCAGAAAAUGUACUUAAGCAUUUUGAAAGUGUUUUUCCCUCCAAUAAACCUAGGCAAAGAGUUUGGAUUUAUACUUCA